AUGGCUCAGUUGGAACGCCCGCUGGGUCGCACAGAGCGCUACAUGCUGGCGCGUGCAUUCGCCGGCGUGCCACCUCUCGUCGCCAUCACCGCUCGCCUCGAAACCUGCGACGGGGACUCCGUUCGCGCCGCCGUCGACUGCCUUCUCGCCCAGCACCCAUUGCUCGCUUGCUUCGUCACAGAGGCUCGGACUACGGCGCCGCGCUGGGCGAAAAUCGUGGGACUGACGGCGGAAGACGUCGUGGACGAGUCGGCAGACGACGGGCAGGGAGGGCCCGAGGACGUUCUGUCGCGGGCUUUCGACGCUGGAGUCGAUUUAGCGGCAGGGCAGAAAGCCCUGUGGCGAGUCUGGCUCGGACCGAAGGACGACGAGGGAGGACGGCGGAUUACUCUGCUCCUCAACCACAUCUUGGCGGAUGGCACGGCCACGCGCAACCUCUUCGCCGAGCUGCUCAAAAUCGUGCGAGAUGGACCAUCCUCAGCGAACGACGUCGUCGCGCUUCCUCCAACCCGCGAGGACAGCAUCCCUAUCAAGCCCCCCCUUCUCACGGUCGCCAAAGUCGUCUUCUCAGAUCUCGUCGCGCCCAAACUCCCUGCCUUUCUCCGACCAUCUUCGCCUACGACCGUCUUCCCGAAUCCUCCGCUCGUCCCGCCCUACCUCCAGCCAACCGCACUCCGCUCCCUUUCUCUGCCUGCUUCGCUCGUCGCCGACCUCAAGGCUCAAGCCAAGUCGCACGGCGUCAACACCCUUCACCCAGUCAUCUUCGCUGCGGGCCUUGCAUCAGCGUCUGUCCUCGCGCCAGGAGGAACGGUCGUAGGAGGCGACUCGCCCAUCUCGGUCCGCUCCGCCGACUACGGCCACCCUUCCUGCACCGGCAACUACAUCAUCGACAUCACCACCAUUUACGACUCUUCACUCGCCUCCACUUCCUUCUGGUCGACCUGCCGAGCCUACGCAAAGCGACUCGUCGACCCUUCUGUCCGGCGAGCAGCGCACGAGCACAUCGGGAUGCUUGUGUACGUCCCAGACGGGGUUGUCGCUCCGUCGGCCGAUGCGCCUGAGGGAAAGACCAAGUUUGACGUCUGGCUCGAGGAGACCCUGCGCAAGGAGCACCCGUACGGCGCGACGUUCGAGGUGUCAAACUUGGGAGUCUUGCCGGAGACGGGGUGGGAAGCGGAAGGAUUGACAGACGUGUUGUGGGCUCAGACGGCAAUGGCGAGAGGUGCAGCGUUCGCUAUCAACCCCAUCACCGUUCGAGGCGGCAACCUCAACUUCACGCUCACCUACCGACACGGCGUCGUAGAAGAGACGACGGUAGAUGCGUUCUGGGCUGGGUACGAGCGGGCUUUGCGGGAAGUAGCAGCAGGACGAGUAUCGGACGAAGCGACUCUCGGCGAACUUGUGAAGCGGUAG